AACAACAACAACAAUGCUUUAUUUAAUUAGUACAAGAUGAUAUAUAACGCAUUUGUUCAUGUUUUCUGCAUUUGUCUGUUUACAGUUCGCACAGAAGAUGAUGUCCACCUUGCUUCAAAAGCAAAGGCAGAUCAGAUAGAACGUCUGAGAUGUGGGUACAACCUGAUGAAGUUGUGGACUGCAGAAGUGGCCCACUCCCCAUUUGCAGCCACCCCUCUGAUCACAGACGUGAAUGCCAAUGGGAUGCUGGAUAUCAUUGCCGCCCCUCUUAGUGAGACACAGACAGUCCUUGAAGCCGAAACUGGGACAACCUUGAAAAAUACCAAAUGGCCAACACAGAUGUUGGAUAGUUCCAUUUUUGCAUCUCCUUUACAGUAUGAUAUAGAUGGUGAUGGAAUGCUUGAUAUCAUGUUCUCCACCUCCUCUGGUGAGCUUCUAUUCUACACUGGCAAUGGAACAGCUGUGCAGGGAAAAUUCAUGCAGGUUCCUCCAGUCUACGUGAAGCAAGACUGGUACACGCAGGUUGUAGCAGUGUCGGCAGAGAAUAUGCAGCAGUACAUCUCCAGCACUCGGAGGGCCGGUUACAUUCCUGUUGACGCCCACAUUAUGGCCACCCCCGUGAUAGCAGAUCUGAACAAUGAUGACCGCAUGCAGGAGCUGGUUAUACCCGUCUCAUACUUCUUUGAUGAAGAGGACUACAGGCUGCCUGAGAAUUUUGAUCACAUCAACAACAUAGGAGAGGGAGACCUUGGGAAGUACGUGGUGUCUGGAGUCACAGUGAUCGACCUGUCUGACCUUAGUGUACAGCAUUCGAUCUACCUUGAUCUCACCAUGAAAACCUCCGGUUUCCCCGGCUACGUCCUGUUCUCUCCUACUGUGAUUGACAUGGACAGGAAUGGGAGUCACCUGGAGAUCGUCAUUGGAACAUCGGCAGGCGGCAUCCACGUAAUCAACCUUGAGAACGGAGUGAGGGACAGGAGUGGCUUCCCCUACAGCAUGGGUACAAUACAUGGACAGGUAACGGUGGCAGACAUAACGAAGGACGGAACCCUCGAGCUGAUAGCAAUUGACACCAGUGGGAAUGUGGUGUGUGUCAACCAAGAUGGGACACUGUUCUGGGAAGCCAAGAUCUCUGGGGAGAACUCUCCGGGCAGUCGACUCAUUGAUAUUGAUGGGGAUGGAUAUGUGGAGGUUCUCAUACCAACUAAUGAAGGGGAUGUCUAUGCUAUAUCGGGGGUCACUGGCAAGGUACUGGAUGGUUGGCCAAUCCAUGUAGGUCACCCGAUACUGUCCAAUGUGAUUGCUACAAGGGUGUCCAGGACCAGACAGACCCUGGAUCUGGUGUUCCUUGCUAAUGAUGGGGCUCUGCAUGUGAUAUCCACUGACCAGUCCUGCAGAACCCAUUUCCCCAUCGGAGAAACCUCAUUGGUCCAGAUCCUGUCACAUGACCUGGUGGCCCAAUCAGAAGGAAUGGAGCUAUUAAUAGCCACCAGUGAUGGCACUCUGAUCUGCAUGGGAAGUGGGGAGGAGACCAAUGAGAAGAUGCUUUCAGACAACAUGUUUUCAAAGACGCAUGCACUGUCGUUGCCUGCUGAAACGAGAUCGGCAAAUGAUUUCCUGUUUGCAGAACUGAAGCUAAGUGUACAAGUACUUGGGGAAAGUAGGCAUCACUCUGAAAUCACGGCCAGCCAUUUUCAUGUUGACUUCAACAUCACUGAUCCAGCCUUUAUUAAGCCAGAUUCUGUGGCACCCUUAUAUACUCUAUGGAUCUAUUUUGGUAGCAUGAUGCUUCACAAGGCAGUCUACUCAAACCCAGGUCCAUACACCGUGUUCGUCAGCUCCUAUCCACGGCCUAGCCAUGGGCACAUAACUCUUGUGCUUACCAAUAAAAAUGGGCAGAUAGCACAAGACAUGUUUCCUAUAAGGUUCAAUCAGAUAAUUCUAGAAGAUCUUCAGUGGUUGCUAAUGGCGCCCUUUGUAGCCAUGGUAAUCAUCCUCCUGGUAAAUCAUGGUUUUCCCGCCAAAGAUUUGAUACCCAUUACACUGCAGAGCAAAGACAGAUAACAGCUUUUGUGCUUAAAAAAUUAUUAAUAUUACCGGUAUGUACAGUU